AGAAACCCGACACAUUUCAGUUUUGCGCAUGACAAACACCACGCAAGACGCCAUUUUACGGAUGCGGGCGGCGAACUGAAGUCGACGCUCUUUAUCUCCUCCUCUGCUCCGCUUUGUGUUCCUUUAUAAAUUGCCCUUUCACUGCAAGUGCUUGUCAACAUGAGCCGUGUAUAUAUUGGGCGGCUGAGCUACAGCGCUAGGGAAAAGGACGUUGAACGAUUCUUCAGAGGUUAUGGUCACAUCAGAGAAAUCAACUUGAAGAACGGCUUUGGUUUUGUGGAAUUUGAUGACAGCAGGGAUGCAGAAGAUUCUGUGUACUAUCUGAAUGGAAAGGAGCUCUGUGGAGACAAGGUGAUCAUUGAACAUGCUCGUGGCCCAGCCAGAGGGAGAGACGAUCGUUACGGCGGUGGCGGGGGCGGCGGCGGCAGAGGCUUUGAAAGAGACAGGAGACCAGGCUGGAUUGACAAUCAGAACGGCUCAGCAUCACGUUCUGGUCGAUCAACUAGAUAUGGCCCGCCUGUGCGCACAGACUACCGUGUGAUUGUGGAAAACCUGUCCAGUCGUGUGAGUUGGCAGGAUCUGAAGGAUUACAUGCGACAAUCUGGCGAGGUUACAUUUGCAGAUGCACACAAACAGCGCAAAAAUGAAGGGAUUGUUGAGUUUGCGACCUAUUCAGACAUGAGCAGCGCCAUCAAGAAACUGGACGGGACUGAGCUGAAUGGACGGACUAUCAGGAUCGUUGAGGACAACGCACACAAGAAGAAACGGGACUACUCUCGCAGCCGGUCAAGAUCACGUUCUCGCUCCCGUUCGCCCCGCCGUUCUCGCUCUCCCCGCCGUUCUCGCUCUCCCCGCCGUUCUCGGUCACGCUCCCCCCGACGUCGUCGUUCCCGCUCAGCCAGCCAUUCCCGGAGCCGCUCUCGAAGUGCCAGCAAGAGCCGCAGCCGCAGCAAGAGUGCCAGACGCAGCCAGUCCAAGUCCCCACGUAACUCGCCUCGCAAGUCCAUGUCCCGCUCCUGCUCCCACUCUCGCUCGCGGUCUCGCUCGCGCUCCAAAUCCAAAUCCCGCAGUCCCAAGGAUUAAAGAUGGCCGGCUGAAGUUUGACGUUGGAGUAGCGGAUCAGGGGGGGGGGGAUAGUCAAGGCUUGGUCGUCGUGAUUUGCAUUUUGUUAGACAUGACAAACCAACAUGAAGUUUGGCGUUGGGUUUAGCAGAUUGGGGGAAGGGGGGAUAGCCGAGAUUUAGUCAUCGUGAUUUGCAUUUUCAGACACGCUUAAAACAAAAAGCCAUCCUGAAAAGUUAAGAUUUGAAGCAGGGGUUUAAGUGUAAAUUUAUAAACAAACUGGCUAAUGCGUUGGUGACAUGUUAACAUGUAGUAUCUCAAUGUAAAUAUCUAUGAAAUUUGACGUCUUUUCUAUGUACAUGUAAUCAUUGUAAAAGAAACGGGAUAUGAUAUUAAAAAAAGUGGCUCAUUUAAAAAAGUGAAAACGGGUUUGAAAUUUCUGAGGGAUGUCCAAAUUCAACAAGUUGAUGUAAGAACCUGAUCCAUGGUGACACAGAAAACGUAGAAGAAAUUCAGUGGAAGUUGUUAUCCCAAGACCUGUUGUUUCCAUCACACUACAUUUGCAUAUCAAAACUAGACAGUGGUGCACCAGUUUACAGUAUCAUCCUCCUGACAUCUUUAAUGGCGUUUAUUUGUAUUUUAGUUGCUUUGAUUGUUUACGAAGGAUAGAGUACAUUUCUUUGUUCAACUGCAUUUUUUUUAAAGGAUUUGAUAGCGAAUUUUGUUCAUUUAAAGGCCAGAUGAUGUACAAGUUGUGAGCCCAUUUGGCAGGUAUAUCGGUCAAUAGUUUAAAGUAAAAUUUGUCGUCUAUUUCUUUGAAAGCAUGGUUUAAAAUGGUUCCGUUACAUUUGGGCUGGGUCAAGUCUAGUAGAAAGCACAGAAAGUAGGUGGAUGAGUUUUUAACCGUGUGUAUAUUAAAUGUGCUUGGGGUUGUGUAAUUUCUGAGAUACUUGAUUUCUGUUCAGUUUUGUUUGUGAAAGCAAUAUUUUUGAAGGGAAACGAUGUCUUGUCUUACCCCUGAAAAUGUGAAAAAUGUUCACAAAGUUGAUAAAUUAGAGCGAGAAACACAAGUGGGACUGUUGCAGACUUGAUUCUGGUACUUGGGUGCCUAAAAAAGCUUAGUAUAUACACUCCCUGCUGUGUGCUCAUUUAGCUGGUGAUUAAUUAAAAACGAACAUUAAAGUCAAUGUAAACUGGAAGUUUGGGAAUCUUGGGGAUACAUUUCAUCCACAAUACAUGUACAUUCCUUGAUAAUUAGAAUUGGCUGUUGACCUUGCUGUACAUUUGAGAUUUUGGGGAGGGGGAUCGGACCAUAUGUCUCAUGUAAUGUUGCUCAUUUCUUAUUAGUUUGUUAAAUAUUUUAUGUCCACCUUCAGUAUCAAGUUCUGUGUUUUUGUGAUUCUGAGAUUAAAUUUUGUCGUACCUUACAUUAUGUUUUAGA